AUGAAGCUCACUUACUUGGCGGCGCUGCUUGCUAUUGCAUCAGCAGCACAAGUCCCAUUCGAAAUCCCCAAUGCUAAAGACUCAUUCCCCUUUGGUGAUGUUAACAUUGAUAGUUGGACAUUUCAACAAACCAAUGCCUUGCAGCAGGAGUGGGCUAAAAAUGUAGCAAAAUUUGGCAAAGAUAAGCUCUUAUCCAUGUAUUCUCAAUACAAGUUGAAUUUUGCUCCACCAAGGACUGAUUUAACUUACGACUUGACGUCCGGUGCUUCGACUCCAGAAUUGUUGGGGUUUGAUGCAGUCAAGCAAUAUUCAGGGUAUUUCACAAUUGAGGAAGCAGGUAAAAAGUUCUUUUAUUGGUUUUUUGAAAGUAGAAAUGACCCCGCAAAAGAUCCUUUGAUUUUAUGGUUGCUGGGUGGACCUGGCUGUUCGUCAAAUAUUGGACUUGCUAUGGAAUUGGGACCAUCAUUGAUCAAUGCCACAGUGGUACCAGAAUUCAACCCCUACUCAUGGAAUUCAAAUGCGUCUAUUGUGUUUUUGGACCAACCGGCUCAAGUUGGAUUCAGUACUGGUGGUGACAUUCCAUUCACUACCGAACAAGCUGCUGUGGAUUUCACCAAUUUUGUGGCCCUUUUCCGGGAAAAAUACCCUCAAUAUGCUCAUUUGGAUUUUCAUAUUGCUGGAGAGUCUUAUGCCGGUCAUUAUAUUCCCAAGUUUGCGUCAAGCGUUGUUGAAGCUGGCUUGCCGUUGAAAUCGGUGCUUAUUGGAAACGGUAUAACAGAUGCAGUUGUACAAGCUGGACAAGUUGCUAAUAUGGGAUGUGGUGCCGGAGGUAUUGGCAAGAUUUAUACUGAUGAAGAAUGUGAGUCAUAUGAUACGUAUUACCAACGGUUCGUACCAUUUGGUUUGCUUUGUUAUCAGUAUCCCAAUCCCGUCACUUGCUUUAUUUCAAUCUUGGCCACCCCCAAUAAACCCGAUAGUGGUGAUUUGAACCCAUAUGAUUCAAGACAAACGUGUGAUUCCUCUAAUCCAUUAUGCUAUCCACAACUCAAUUACAUCACCGACUACUUCAACGAACCAAAAGUUCAACAAGGAUUGGGUGUGGAUAAGAAUUUCACUGCUUGUAAUAAUGAAGUGGGAGUCUCGUUUUUAACUGACCAUAAUAUGCCAUAUCAACAAUAUAUUGCUGAAUUGUUGGAAAAGAACGUUCCGGUGUUGAUAUAUGCUGGUGAUAAGGAUUUGGUUUGUGACUGGUUGGGAAACUUGGCAUGGGUUAAUAAAUUACCAUAUUCUGAUCAUAAACGAUUCAAUGCUACUAAGUUUGAACCUUGGAUUACAAGGGAAGGACACAAAGCUGGUGAAGUUAAGAAUUAUAAACAUUUUACAUACUUGAGAGUGUUUGAUUCCGGUCAUAUGGUUCCAUUAGACCAGCCACAAAAUGCAUUAGAUAUGGUUAAUCGUUGGAUCCAAGGUGAUUAUGCGUUCAAACUUGACAAACAUAUUAUAGUUUAG